ACCAAAUUUCUUAUCCAUUUGACAUUUCCAUUAUUCCAUUUGGUAUUUUCCAUUACUCAGUAGGCAGUAACAACCGAUAGGUCUUAGUCAAAUUAGUCUUUAAUUAAUAUAUAUUUUAUAAAAUAUAUCCAUCAAACAUUUUAGAAAUUGUGUCCAACAUAAAAGCGUGGCUAGCCCAAGUAAAAGAAGGAGGAUGAGCAGUUCCGAAGAAGUUUCUUGGAUCUCAUGGUUCUGUGGACUAAGAGGAAAUGAGUUUUUCUGCGAGGUCGAUGAAGAUUACAUUCAAGACAAAUUCAAUUUGACAGGACUCAAUGAACAAGUGCCUCAUUAUAGGCAAGCUUUGGAUAUGAUUUUGGAUCUUGAACCUGAUGAUGACUUGGAUGACAAUCCAAAUCAUUCAGACUUAAUUGAACAGGCUGCUGAGAUGUUAUAUGGUUUGAUACAUGCCCGUUACAUUUUGACAAACCGUGGUAUUGCUCAAAUGAUUGAGAAAUAUCAAACUGGUGACUUUGGACACUGCCCACGAGUAUAUUGUGAAAAUUCACCAAUGCUCCCAAUAGGUUUAUCAGAUGUUCCAGGAGAAGCAAUGGUUAAACUUUACUGUCCUAAAUGUAUGGAUGUGUAUACACCAAAAUCAUCUCGUCAUCAUCACACUGAUGGCGCUUAUUUUGGUACAGGUUUUCCACAUAUGUUGUUUAUGGUACAUCCAGAAUACAGACCGCCAAGGCCUAGCAAUCAAUUUGUGCCUAGACUUUAUGGUUUUAAGAUACAUGGCCUGGCUUAUCAAAUACAACAACAAGCAGCAGCUAAUGUCAAAACACCACUCAGACUGACCAGCUUUAAUGGAAAACGUUAAAAUAUAAUAACUAUUAAUGGAGUUUAUCCACAUUUUUAUUAUUCUUAAACAUUACUAGAUUAACAAAAACAAAAGAUAAUUUCAGUUACAAUUUUCACCAGCUGUCGGCUGUACAUUAUAUUAAUAAAUUAUAUUUAUACAUUUAUGUAAUUUGUUCAUCACAAUUGUAUAUAGUAAUUUCUUUUUGCAAUUCAAAUUCAUAUUGUGUACUUAUGUUAGAUAACAAUCCAAAUUGUUGUUAGGAGUUAGGACAUCUGGUUAUUUUGGCAUUUUAAAAUUAUAUUCUUUCUCAUAUAA